CGCCGGGAAAACAAAUCCCCUACAGCGAAAGCAGCAACGGCUUUUUAACCUCACUUUGUGACAAGUUUUUGUUUUAAAUGUUUUAAAUGGUUGUUUGGUUAUUUAAUAAAAAUGAGCACGACACCGUUUUGGAAAAAAAUACACCAAACAGUUUCUGGGUAUAGUAACAACAUAACAGAAGAUAUUGUUGCUGAAAUACUAAAGCUAUCUAAAAAUGAGUUAUUGGAAGGUUUGCUUACUUAUAAAUCGUACACGAGACAGGGCUACGACGAUUGGAUUGCGAACUCGAACGUGAGCAGCUACAUGAAGGAGUUUGUGCAUGACUUAAGUCAGGAUCUUAAUUUAGACACCAACCUUGCUUACAUGAUCAUGUGCAACUACCUCAUGUUUGAGUAUUACGGCAAAAUUAAAGAGUUUUGGCAGAUCACUAGAAUAGGAACCACAAUUCAUUUAAAAGAAAGCAUUUGGAAUUUUUACACAGCUGAAAGAAUGUUUCUUUUAAAAACGUGGCGACAUGUCUUUGAAUUUGUAAAUAAAGAUUAUGAAUUUGCUCAACAGUAUCAGGAAUUUGUGCGCGGUAUUAAAAUGGAGGAGCUACAAAACAAUUUAAUCAAACAAUUUGAGAUAGUUAUUGGUGAAUUUAGCUCAAAACAUUUAGAUGACAAAAGUCCGCACUUGGAGAAUUGGUUGUGUCGUAAUAUUAGGGAGCAGUGUGAAAUUCUGUCCAUUAUUAUACUUACAAUAGAGCAAAAAAAGUUAACUGUGGCGCAACUAACUCAACUUGUUAUGUUGUUUGUUCAGAAUAAUUUUAGCACAACGCCACCUGUCUAUGAAUUACGCCAAUAUCUAUCAAAGAGGGAUUUAGAAGAACUGAUGUUUACAGAAAUUGGGUGUUAUUUUGUGAUUUUGGAAAAUUAUUGGGACAAGGACUUGACUGACUUUUGGAAAAAUUCAACAACAAAGGAACUCGAUGACUGUUUAACUGGUCUACAUUUCAAACCUGCACACACUAUAAUCAUGCUCACAUGGCUAGUUUUAAAGUUUAAGUCAUUACAUGAUGAUCAAGACAGUCAAAGUAUUGUAGAAGUAAUGACAAUGCAACCUUUUGUUUUAUUGCGUUCACUUGUAUCAAGCAACGUUUUUAAGAACUGCUCAGUUGGAGACGUUGUUUUAACCGCGGUGCACAAAAUGUUAGACGAGUUUUGUUUAAUGUACGACGACCGCAAAGCUUUUUAUGAAGAAAAUGGAGUAAUAGGUAUACUGGGUGAAAUUUUGAAAGUGUCAAAAUUGGCUGAUUUGUGUUUGAAAACAAGAAACGGACUUGAUACUUUGGUGGAAAUCGCAAUUGAAGCCUUCCCGUUUGAUUUUUUUUCAUUUACUACAAUCGCUCACUCUUUGCUUGGUCAGCACAGCCAAUACAAACAAACUGUCCACCUGUUGAAUAACGUUCCGUCGUUUUUAUCCGAGAUGACGUGGACGAUUGCCAAAGACGAAAUUUCGAUACUGCGGAAGAGUCAGCCUGCUUUUACUGAUAGCGAUUUAAUCAUCUUUCAACCAAAUACAAUAGUAAGGUCAUACGGGAUAUUUGGGCAAACUUUGGUUCAGUAUAGAGCGUCUUACAGUUAUUUUCUUUACUUAGAAUAUUUAGUGAACUGUUUAUUGACAGUUGGCGUCGCGCAACGAAAGUUUGAUGAAGAGUUAGUCAGGAAAGUGAUUGCGGGCUAUGGGGUUGUAGUACAAGGGGUGAUGUGCUGCAUUGACAUGGAUUUGAAAAUAGUAGGCUUGGAGAGGGUCAUUCAAAAACUGGACAAAAUGUUACUCCACUUAGACGGUCCGUUGUUACAUAUUAAUUUAGUAAAGUUGUACUUUGACGUACAAAACGCGAUGAUGUUGUACCGACAAAGCACGUUUUUUGAAAUUUGUCCAGAAAUAGUUUGGAAAAUAUUUUUCCCGAAACUACGAGUCGAGUGUAUCGUUGACGUUAAAAAACUAUUAUUCAAUCAAUACAUAUUUGAGGACACGAUUUUCAUGAAGUUGUUCCAAGAAGAAGAAUUUAAAGAAGAUCACACUUUACUCUUAACCUAUAUCAAGAUUUUACACAACAUCAUAAAAGUUAAGUUACAAUUCCGCAAUUUCCAAUUAUCCGGAAUCGCCUACUUGUUAAAUUUUGUUUUUAUACAACACCAAACGUGGGCUUACAAUGAUGAAAACCAAAAAACCCAAAUCACACUAGGGUGUUUAAAUAUUUUCCACUACGUGUUGCAGAAAGACGUUAAUGAUUUGAAUGAAGCCGAGCGCAAAAUUUUUUAUCUUUGCCAACACGCAUUUUUAAACAAUAUUUACAUAAUAGAAUCAUUUUUGCAUUUGUUUGUUAAAGAAAAGUAUCAUUUGAUUUUUUUAAUGGAGCGCGAGUCGAACUGGAUUGCCGGGCCGUCUUUAGACCGACUCAAGUGCAUUCGAAUGCAGUUGGCCCUAUUGUUAUUAAUCAUGAACCAAAGAAAAACUGUUGCAAAGUGUGCCUUGAACGACAAAUUACAGUUUGUUGUUAAACCAGUGGCGUCGUAUUUCACCAAUUCUUACAGUCCUGUCAUAGCAGAAUUGUCGUGCAGGUUUUUGGAAAAGUUGGCUCAGGACAGAUAUAUUCCGUUAUUAGCGUUAUUAGAACUAGACCAUUAUCAAGUCCAGUCGCUGUUUCUAGAAAGAUUGAGAGACCCGUUGGAAGAAGAAACUGUCAAAAUUGCCAUUAUUGACUUAAUAAACACGUGUGUGUCGCACCAAAAUGGCAUGACAGCUGCUUUUUUCAAUCUAAAAUGUUUUAUGUAUUGGGAUGGCACGGACGACGAUCUGUUCAGCGGCGACAGCGUCAGUGAUUUCAUGGUCGACUAUUUACAAAACAUCAAAAAGUCCCACGAGUACUUCAAAAACCCUCUACAACUCGGCAUUCUUCGCCUUUUGCACAACUUAUGGUUAAACCACCGCGAAAACUUGAUUGAUAACAUCGCCAACUUGAAGGACUUUUGGCCCGUGAUGGUCGAUCCUUUCUUCUGUGAUUUCGUCCAAGACGUCGAAGUUUACACCACUAUACUUAAGAUAAUCAAUAUAGAGGUAGGGGUUAAUAUAGACAGCGUUGAAGAUAAUUUAGUGAAGACAAUCGACAAGUUUUUGAAAGACAAAGAGAGAAUUAAGAAGUGGAUCGCGUUUGUGCUUCGUUCGACCGAGUCCAACGCGAAGAACAAUCUUGACUUACUAAGUGCCUGGAUGGAGUUUCUAGUCGUGACGAAGAAAGUUAUGGUGCGAAGUUUCGACGACGAUAUUAAAUCCGCUUUAAUCCACUCGUGUUUAAACGGAAUUAAUAUCCCCGAAGGUGGUUUCAAUAACAUCGAAUCUAUUUAUUUGUGGUCGCAGUUUUUCUUGAUGUUGACGACAACAUGGCGGAUUCAUGAAAAGCAGCAAAGCAGCGUUUUAAAUAAAUUAAUGACGUUUGUGCGUUCGUUGAACGUUUAUUAUAAGUAUCUUUCGCCGAAAGUAAAAGAGAUUGUUUUAUGUCUCAUUUAUAGAACUGUGGUUGAUAUGAAAAGCUACUUCAGUACGAAUACUAGCAGUUUAGUUAGUUUUAUAUAUUGUGUUGGUAGUUUAAUCGACACAGAGUACGAAUAUUUAGUCGCCGAAGGUUGGUUAGUUAAAGACGAACUAGAAAAAGUUAGACAUUUACGACCUUGGUUGAUUAUCAUUUUUAUUGGGAAUUCUCUCAUGGAGCUUAAUAAUGUCCAAGAAAUAGCUGUGUGGUUUAAUUAUCGGAUGUUUUUGGCACGAGUCAUGGAAAGUGCCGGAUAUAUGUUACAACACAAAUCGACUUUACCAUUCGCCAAAUUGGCGAUUGAUUUUAUGAUCACGUAUGCAGAGUCACCCCUAGUUACAGAUUUUUUAAAAGUUGAUUUAUUCACUUUUUACUACAAAGUACGGCCACCACAGCUUACCACCAGUGUAGCGGAAGCACUUUCGCGCGGAGUCCCCGUAUUUUUACGAGAGUGGUGGCUGAUUUGUAUUACCAUAGUUAAACUCAACCGCACUCUUCUAGAAAAAAUCGGGGGUGGAAUUUUCCAAACUUGUUUUACUUUCAUCACCGAACACGACCAGUUAUUGAGAGAAAUAAUUACUCUGACAAAGUUUACAGUCGAUAUGACUGCCUUAACUCUAGUUUGUGAAGCCUUAAAGUUAGUAUAUAUUAUUUUGCACAUAGUACCACAUUGGUGCGUAGAGCAUCCAAGUUCGUACGAGGCGGUAAUGGACGGCGUUAAAAUUUCAGUAAACGCGUGCAUUCUAUCAAUUUUAGGUUACAAAAAAAUCAAUUUUUAUAAGCGCGUAGACCAGAAAGAUUUACACAUUAUAAGUUCGCCAUCCACGGAUUUACUAGUGUCGGUGUUAAAUAAAAUAAUGGAGAUAAUUUAUUGGAGUUCUAGCUGUCUGAGGAAGACCAAACCCGACCCAGUUGCGCAAUUCAACACCCAACAUUUAUUGGAACAGAUCACCCUAUUGGUUGAUAAUGAUUUCAGCGUGCCACGAUUUGAACUACCAAUUACAUCCAAGUUAACAUACGGCGCCAUUUUGUGUUUAGCGGAUUACUUGUGUAAAGCUCUCAAUCAGUUAUCUCCGACCACACCCAGCGCAGCACCAAAACUUCGUCAGAUUUCGUUAACGGAGCUCAACGACGAAAUUAAAAUUAAGAGUUUAGGGACAAUCUUCGAGCAUUGUACAGCGGUGUAUGAACCCUAUACCGGUUUUAUGGUUUACUUGCAACGAAGCGACGAUUUGCCUAACGAAAAAUUGAGUUCUUUCCUACACUAUGACAUGUCGGAAUUUUCGGGUUCGACUUCUGCUAUUUCGCAGUUGGAUUAUACCGUUGUCAAGAAUUCGGUAGAGGCGCUGAUGACGUUUCUAGCUUGCGAGAUUUUUUACACGAUGAGGAAUAUAAACGGGGAAGUUUUGUUCUCGUAUAAGCGGGAACUGAGUUCUGAGAUACAGUUCUUUGCUGAGUUUGUGAGAAAACGGACUGGUGAACAAUACCACGCGAUGGUGGCGACACCAAGGUCUACAACGCCAGUGUCCCAAAGCGAAACUGACAUCAUCAAGCGAUACACCAUGACGAAAGUGAAAGAUGGAGAUGCCGACGAUAUCGCAGACAAUAAUUUUGUACUUGUUAUCUCGCACUGGUUGAUGAACUUUUGUCAGUUGUCAAAUUAAAUUUACAUUUUGCAGAUACGUUAAUAAAAAUCUUUUUUAAAAAUAA